ACAAAGCAGCAGAACUGGCUUUAGGUCUAGGGUUUAAUUUGAAGGGCCUUUAGUCUAUGGAUACCCAUGUUUCUCUUCAGCCCUCAGACAGGUUUACAGGCUUGUUUUUCAAGUUCUACCAAAAGUCUAUUCUGCGUUCCAGAUAAACUAGCCGCGUUGGUAGGAAAACCACUAGCACCCGGAAAUGCGCCACUUUCUUCGGGUUCCCAUAACAGGUCAAAGCCACCGGCAAGUUGGAAUGUGACUUAUCAUUUCAGAGACCGGUGUAAGAGUGGCUCGACAGGGCAACAUACGACCAUUUAGGCUACCUUUGGGCAGAAUCAGAGAUGGCCAGCCAGAGCGAGGUGAUUGACAGGUUGAGAGCUACUUUCCGGUCAGGCGUGACCUUUCCAGAGCAGUUCCGUAUGACCCAGCUCCAGAGCCUUCUCUCCCUGGUCGAAGAAAACGAGCAGCUGAUACAAGAUGCUCUCCACAAGGACCUCCAUAAGCCCAAGUUUGAGACGGUCCUGUCAGAGAUUCAGAUAACCCUGAAUGACCUGUACUUCGCCAUGGAAAACCUCAGGACCUGGAUGCAGCCGGAAUACAACAUUGGCAAGAAUCUGGCCACUAGGAUGGAUGACUGUUUCAUACGCAGGGAACCCUUGGGGGUAGUUUUAAUCAUCGGGGCGUGGAACUACCCUCUCCAUCUUAUUCUCUUACCUUUGGUUGCUGCAAUUGCUGCAGGAAACUGUGCCAUUCUGAAGCCGUCAGAGAUCUGUCAGGCCACCGAGCAACUCCUGGCAGAACUCAUCCCCAAAUACCUGUCUCAGGACUGCUAUGCAGUACUAUGUGGUGGAGCAGAGGACACCAAGUCAUUGCUGAAGAAUAAAUUUGACCACAUCUUCUACACAGGUUCCCAGGUGGUGGCCCGCUCCAUCCUGCUAGCGGCGGCGCCUCACCUGACCCCCGUCACCCUGGAGCUGGGUGGCAAGAGCCCCUGCUUCAUCUAUGGCCAUAUUGACAUCCAGAAGGCCGCCAAGCGCCUGUGCUGGUCCAAGUUCUUCAACACUGGCCAGAGCUGUGUGGCACCCGACUACGUCCUCUGCACAGCCCAGACCCGGGAUGCCCUGCUGCCCGCUCUCCGGGAGACCCUGCGGACCUUCUACGGGCCGGACCCCGGAGCGAGCCUGGACAUGGGGCGCAUAGUCACCCCACGCCACUGGAGACGCCUGAUGGACAUGCUGGAGAAGUCCAAGGGGAAGGUGGUGAUCGGAGGGGAGAGCCGCGAGGAGGACAGGUAUAUUGCUCCCACAGUGCUGGUAGACGUACAGGAGUCUGAUGCUCUAAUGCAGGAGGAGAUCUUUGGCCCCAUCUUGCCCAUCCUAACCAUAGAGUCUCUGGAGGAGGGCAUAGACUACAUCAACCGCCAAGAGAAACCCCUGGCCCUCUACGUCUUCUCUGACGAGACCUCGGUGGUGACCACAGUGUUGAACAACACCAGUAGUGGUGGUUUCUGCGGCAAUGAUGGUAUAGUACACAUGGCCUUGCCAGGCCUGCCCUUUGGAGGAGUAGGUGCCAGUGGGAUGGGUAGCUACCACGGCCGCUGGGGCUUUGAGACAUUCAGCCACAGGCGGGGCUGUAUGAACCGGAGCUGGUUGCUGGAGAGGGUCAACGUCCUGCGCUACCCGCCCUACAGCGACUACAACCUGGGCUGGUUGCGCUGGGCCACCACCUUCAAGAAGAACAGCUGGGGAGGCUGCUCAGUCAUGUGAGAGUGGCACCCGGUGCGUGCCUGACUGUACUUCCAAAGCCGAUGGGCUUUUCUUAAAGGUCCAAUGCAGACGUUUUUAUCUCAAUGUCAAAUCAUUUCUGGGUAACAAUUAAGUACCUUACUGUGAUUGUUUUCAAUUAAAAUGGCCAACAAGUAACA